UAAUCCUGUACCCGGAAAAGUAACUCUUUGACGUGUAUGCAUGGUACCGUGUGUUUCCGGUAUAGCGUGUGUUCACAGUUAUCCAGCCUUUUCCUCUUGGGUUUCAAUAGAACAGUCACUUUGGAUUCCCGGCUCCUUACCUGUUUCCCCCUAAACGGCGUAUCUAACUUUGUGGACAUGGCAUCAUCAGUUUCGGCACAGGCGAAUCCUGCUCCGGUUGCGGCGCUCCAGAGAGGAAUAGUCAAGAUGGUCUUGUCAGGAUGUGCAAUAAUCGUGAGGGGCCAGCCACGGGGAGGCCCGCCCCCGGAGCGUCAGAUCAAUCUGAGCAACAUCCGUACCGGAGCGCUAGCUCGCCGAGCCCCCCAGAGCCAGCCCGACCAAAAGGACACCCCUGACGAGCCCUAUGCCUUCCAGGCCAGAGAGUUCCUGCGCAAGAUGCUGAUUGGGAAGGAGGUAUGCUUCACAGUGGAGGUCAAGACUGCUCUGGGCAGAGAAUACGGCAUGGUGUACCUGGGCAGAGACACCACCGGUGAGAACAUUGCUGAAUCUCUGGUGAACGAGGGCCUCGCCACCGUCCGCAGGGAAGGAAUCCGGGGCAACAAUCCAGAUCAGGCUAGACUGUGUGACCUGGAGGACCAGGCCAAGGCCUCCAAGAAGGGCAUGUGGACGGAGGGCGGUGGCACCAACACUGUACGCGACCUCAAGUACAUAAUCGAGAACCCCCGCAACUUCGUUGACUCCAUGCACCAGAAACCAGUCAAUGCCGUCAUUGAGCACGUGCGCGACGGUAGUGUGGUCCGUGCCCUGCUCCUGCCCGACUACUACCUGGUCACGGUCAUGCUCUCUGGGGUCAAGUGUCCGACGUUCAAGCGUGAGGCGGACGGCACGGAGUCGCCAGAGCCCUUCGCUGCCGAGGCCAAGUUCUUCACGGAGUCCCGUCUGCUCCAGAGGGACGUGCAGAUCAUCCUGGAGAGCUGCCCCAACCAGGUCAUCCUGGGUACCGUCCUCCACCCGAAUGGGAACAUCACAGAGCUGUUGCUGAAGGAAGGGUUCGCCCGCUGUGUGGACUGGUCCAUGGCCGUCUACACCCAGGGGGCAGAGAAACUCCGGGCCGGAGAAAAAUCUGCUAAAGAACGUAAAGUGCGUAUCUGGAAGGACUACGUAGCCCCCACAGCCAACAUGGACCAGAAGGACAGGCAGUUUGUGGCCAAGGUGAUGCAGGUCGUCAAUGCGGACGCCGUCGUGGUCAAGCUUAACUCUGGCGAGUACAAGACCAUCCACUUGUCCAGCAUCCGACCCCCCAGGAUCGAGGGCGAGGAGAAGAACAAAGACAAAGACAAGCGUUUCCGUCCCAUCUAUGACAUUCCCUACAUGUUCGAGGCCCGCGAGUUCAUGAGGAAGAAGAUCAUUGGCAAGAAGGUGAACGUCACGGUGGACUACAUCAGAGCUGCCACCAGCUCCUCAGAGACCAGCACCAUCCCCGCCUUUGCAGAACGCACCUGUGCCACGGUCACCAUCGGCGGCAUUAACAUAGCCGAGGCGUUGGUCAGUAAAGGUUUUGCCACGGUCAUCCGCUACAGACAGGAUGAUGACCAGCGCUCAUCCCACUACGACGAGCUACUGGCUGCAGAGGCACGGGCAAUCAAGAACGGGAAAGGCCUGCAUAGCAAGAAGGAGGUCCCCAUCCACAGAGUGGCUGAUAUCUCUGGGGAAACACAGAAGGCCAAGCAGUUCCUGCCUUUCCUCCAGAGAGCUGGCCGCUCAGAGGCGGUGGUAGAAUACGUGUUCAGUGGCUCCCGCCUCAAACUCUACAUGCCCAAAGAGACCUGCCUCAUCACCUUCCUCCUCGCCGGUAUUGAGUGUCCGCGCGGCUCCAGGAACAUGCCCGGCGGCAUGCAGGUGGCUGAGCCCUUCAGCGACGAGGCCAUGGCCUUCACCAAGGAGCUGGUACUACAGAGAGAGGUAAGCUCAACAUUAAUUUUGGCUCCAAUUUCUUUGAUUUCAGUGGUUUUACUUGCGACUGCAUGUUUGGCUGGUUUUGCGGUCGGACAUAUUGGAUCACAUUCGACCUCCAGUUUCAUUUAGUCUGGUUUUUGAUGA